AUGGUCUCGUCCAACGAUGUGCAGUGUCUCUUUCUGCAAGCAGUGCUCUCGCGGAGAGUCAUGACAAGAGAAGUCGCGCUCAAGCUCUGGGAAAAGUGCAUUGAUGCCGUCAAAGCUGCGAAUGACGCGCUUGAUAUAGAAUUUAAUGGGGACCGGAACUCCUGGGAUAACUUCGUGACCCAGAUUAACGAAGCUUUGAAUCCCUUGAACAUGGAUUUCGCCCAGAUGUCGGACGAGAUUACGGGCAAGGAGAUGUGUGCUCUCGUGAAUCGUAAGGGUGAUGAAGUCGCUCAACUGGCAACGGAAUACUCCGCUCUCGAGAUUGCAUACUUCAAAGCAGUACUCCAUCAAAUAAUGACUGCUCCUAAUGAAGCUUUCUGUAUAACAUCUAUGGCAGCCCUGCGCGAAACGAACAAUCUGAACAUAACCAAGUCGCAAGCCGAGGUCGUUCUUUCUAGUUUCGUGGCCAAAGGAUGGCUCGUCAAAAGCAGACGAGGCCGCUAUUCUCUUGCGAUGCGAACAAUGAUAGAGCUCUUGCCGUAUCUUCGGAGCACGUACCCCAACAACAUUAUUGAAUGUACCAUCUGCAUGGAGGUCGUCACGCGCGGCGUCUCGUGUUAUACUAACAACUGCCACACACACCUCCACGCGCAUUGCUUCGAGAAGUACAGGAAACGCUCCCAAAACUGCCCGACUUGCCAAGCAAACUGGUCGACCGAAGCCAACUCGAAGAAGCUGGAGCGGAUCGGGGAAGCCGCGUACAAAGAAGGUCAGGAUGUCCGUCGGCGCCGGCCACUUCAGGACCGACCCGAGAGCGACGAGGAGGACGAAGAGGCAGAGGCAGGGGCGUCGCAGCCCUCCCAACCGUCUCAGCCGUCUCAGCCUUCGCGCUCGCAGGCCAAGAAGAAGAGAGCCGUUCGAGAGGAUAGCAUGGACAUUGACGAAGAUGAGCCGGAACCAGAGCCUCCGAAGGCUCAGAAGCGCAAGAGUCGUCGGUAA